CUCUCCUCCCCGGCUCUCCUUCCUGUGUGCUGUGUCUUGCUGUGAGUUUCUCUUCAGCUUCCGGCGGCGCCAUCACCACAGCCUGGAACAUGCCGACCGGAGACUACGAUUCCAAGCCCAGCUGGGCUGACCAGGUGGAAGAAGAGGGAGAAGAUGUGGAGCCCUUAAGUCCAGCAAUAAGCCAACCUAUAAGUAAAGCUAAAGCUCCAGUUGUUGUGAAGGAGCCUCUCGGUGACAUUGUCCUAGACACCCCGCGUGAGGUUAUCAAUGGAAAUCUAAAGAUUGUCACAGAAUACAAGCUGGAUGAAAAUGACAAGAAAAUUAAGAUUGUGCGAACAUUCAAGGUUGAAACCCUCAAAGCUUCAAAAGUUGUGGCUAGGAGAAAGAACUUGAAAAAGUUUGGAAAUUCAGAAUUUGACCCACCCGGACCAAAUGUGGCCACCACAACAGUCAGCGACGAUGUACUGAUGACAUUUAUCACAAACAAGGAGGAUCUGAAUAACGAGGCGGAGGAAGACCCCAUGAACAAGCUGAAGGGUCAGAAGAUCGUGUCUUGUAGAAUUUGUAAGGGAGACCAUUGGACCACGAGGUGUCCAUACAAAGACACUCUGGGUCCCAUGCAGAAGGAGCUGGCUGAGCAGCUGGGUCUGUCCACAGCGGACAAGGAGAAAGUGCCCGGGACCGGAGAACCGGAACCAGCUCAGGCUCCCGUUAGCAAAACAGGAAAAUACGUUCCUCCCAGUCUGAGAGAUGGAGCGACCCGAAGGGGAGAGUCCAUGCAACCUAACCGUAGAGCCGAUGACAACGCUACCAUCCGUGUCACCAACUUAUCUGAAGAUACCCGGGAAACUGACUUGCAAGAGCUCUUCAGACCAUUUGGAUCCAUCUCUAGAAUCUACCUGGCUAAAGACAAGACUACUGGGCAAUCCAAGGGAUUUGCCUUCAUCAGCUUCCACCGCAGAGAAGAUGCCGCUCGGGCCAUCGCUGGCGUUUCUGGCUUUGGUUAUGAUCACCUUAUUCUCAAUGUGGAAUGGGCCAAACCCUCAACCACCUGAGCCGAGCGGGGCAUCGUAUGAUCAGAAGAUGGAAACUAUUUCUUAUGUCUGCUUGUUGCUAAUAAAAUAUUUGCACAUUAAAGACUAGAUUUAUUUAGACAAA